AUGUUAAACCAACGCGUUUGGACUCAUGUCAUCGCCCACACGCUCUUUUUACUACCUCAAGUCUCUGCUAUCCACUCGCCAUUCGCCAACGCCAUUCCAUUUUCUCCAGGAUUCAAUGUCAGCGCAGUCUUAGAACGCGCCGUGUCUCUACCAUCUCAUUCAUGGGAGUUUGGAACGGCUUCUGAGGCCUUACUCGAGCUUUUCGACGCGCCAUACUCCGUAUUCGGGGCAAAUCCCUUCCCAGUCCCGCUCCUUAACCCGGAAUCCACGCGUUCUUUGGUAUAUGCAAAGGAAAAAAUUGUUAUUGGAAUCCCUCCUAAUGGGUUGAGCGACGGUGAUGGUGCGGUAGGCGACCCCGCCAGCUUGGGAGUGAGCGCUGUGUUGCUGGGCCAAACCGACGUCACAUAUACAGCAGCUGCUAAGGCGGAGAUAGAUUACCUCCUCUCUGGCGCACCGAGGUGGCCUAAUGGUGCCAUAUCCCAUCGUGCUGAUCAUCCAGAGCUUUGGGCAGAUUUUAUUUAUAUGGCACCUCCUUUCAUGGCUUACUACGGAGUUGCGACAAAUAACGCCAGUAUACUCCGUGAAGCUGUCGAACAAUGUUUGCUCUACCCACAGGUGCUUCGUGCAAACACAACUACAGAUGUCGCUACACCUCCGUCAUCGCAUCCUGCAUCUGCAUCUGGCUUAUGGACUCACAUAUUUGGUCCAUUUUCCGACCCAGGGAUCUGGUCUACUGGGAAUGGUUGGGCUGCAGCAGGUAUGAUGCGAGUCUUAGCUGCCCUUGUUAAAGCCCCUCCAUCCCUUUUCUUCGUCCCUUAUUCUGCUAGCUCCAGCAAUCUUCCAGACGCAGCUUGGAGGAGGCAAGCAAUUUCAUCUCUUGUUACCGAAAUCCGUAAGAUUCUCGAUGGUGCGAUGCGGAUGCAGAUGGACCAAGGAUUACUGCUAAACUACCUCGACGAUCCCACCUGGUUUGGUGAAAUCUCCGGUAGCACCCUGCUCGCCAGCGUUGCAUACCGUCUCAGUACCCACUCUGCUCUUCUGGGAGCCUCCGCUCUCUCACCGUCAGUUUCAAGUCGAUAUAUUCAGUGGGCAGAAAAUAUUCGGCUGACGUUGGGUAACAACGCUCACAUUACAAGUAAUGGAACGGCGACCCCUGCCAUCAACCCCUUGGAUUGGAACGAUCGCACCCCUUUCACUUCCGGAAGUCCCGAAGGAAACAACUUUGUCAUCCUAUUGUAUUCGGCGUGGAGGGAUUGCGUCAAAGCUGGAAUUAGGGGAUGCAGCGUAUAUUAA